AAUUAAUUAAAAACUUGUAUAAUAUUAUGCAGAAUUCUUAAAAUAACGAUUAUCUUAUUAAUUUAAGAAAUAUGUUUAUUGGGAGUGUCUUAAAAUACAGUCAUCUCAUACCGGCCGUCUCAUAGGCUCAGCUGAGCCAAGAAACACAAAGUGCUGAAAGAAGAGAAAAUGUACCUAAAUAAGUUAAUUCAUCAUGGCAUGCGAUUUCGUGCAUUUUUUCAGUCGGACAGGAUUAGAUGUCUCAAUCAUUUCACAAACAUUGAAACGGUAGACACUGCAUUUUCGGUGCACGAUGCCUACCAAGAUACCACCAAACCACCUCUGGUAGUAUUACAUGCGUUAAUGGGAUCAAAAUACCACUGGGAAAGUAUGAGCAUGGCUAUCAACAAAGCAACUGGUAGGAAAGUAAUAGCAGUUGAUGCUCGUAACCAUGGUGACAGUCCACACUCACCAGAGAUCACUUAUAUCCAUAUGGCACACGACUUGAAAAGACUAAUGGAGAAACUAGAAAUACCAAGAGUAUCAGUUCUUGGACACAGUAUGGGUGGUCGAACAGCAAUGGCGUUUUCCCUUCUCUUUCCGGAGCUGGUAUCAAGUCUUGCUGUUGUCGAAGUGACACCAAUUAAAACUCCACUUUCUUUGCCCUUCAUACAUAGCCUUCUCGACGCUAUGGCUUCGAUAUCGUUUGAAUCUAGUGUCUUAACGUCAGAUGCGAGAGAACUGGCAAACGAAAGAUUAAAAACAGUUACACCGAACGAAAAGAUAAGAAACUAUUUAAUAUUGAACUUGAUUAAUUCGCAUACGAGUACACAAACCUGGAAAGUUAAUAUUCCGGCUUUGAGGAAGAAUUUCGAGGAGCAUUUGUAUAAGUUUCCUACGAGUUUGUUAAGACUCCAGUAUAGUGGUCCCAUGACGUUUAUUGCUGGAGCACUUUCGAAUCAUGUUGAUAUAGAAGACAUGCCAGAAAUUAGAAAAUCUUUCCCAGCAGCAGAGGUUGUUUAUAUAGAAGGAGGUAACCACUGGUCUCAUAUAGAGAAGCCAGAAAUAUUUGAAAAGACUGUGUGCAAAUUUUUGGAAGAUAAUUAACAAUAAAAUGAAAAAACACUUAGAUGGACACUUUAAUGCAGACACACUUAAAAAUGUACGAAAAAGAUUUAACCUAGUUACAGAACUAGAUAUAAUGUCCAAUCGGCGGUCUUAUUGUAUGAAGUGAUCCCUUUCAGACAAUACAAAUUGGUACGAAAUACAAGAAGUUAUUAAAAACAGGGAUCUUGAAAUUAAUGACUGUAUAAUAUCAUGCUGUAAAAAUCAUUCAUUACAUUCCAUACAGCUACUUAAUUUAAAUGUAAUAAACAAAUGUAAAUAUUA